AUGUCGAUAGGUUCUCACUUUGCACACAGAAAGCCUCCGAAAGCUGUUCUGAGCACUCGCUCCUCCACUCUUAGCCCAGGACACUGUCUCAUCUGGCCUUUCUGUUUCCCAGUGAUCAAAUGGAAACCCCAGGAUGCCUUCAACCAGACCCAGCCCAGCAGCUCCUUCUUACGUGACCCUGUGGAGGGGAGGAACAGCACCAAUUCCACCAGGACCCUGAGGCUGUCAGACGCGGCCAGUGCCACCUGGUACAUCCUCGCCAUCAUCGGCAUCUAUGGUGUGAUCUUUGUCUUCCGGCUGGCCAGCAACAUCCUCAGGAGAAACGAGAGGUCCCUGGAGGACAUUUAUUACUCAAACUUAACUUCCGAACUCAAAAGGAAAGGGUUUCAGAGCAAGGUGGCUAAGUGCUCCCUGAUCAUCCACAACACAGCUGCCCUUCAGCCUCAACAAGACGACCCAGAACCAAAGGGUGAGAAUGGCAGGCUCCACACAGGAACCCAGGCGGUCCCUUGA